AUGUCAUGCGUUAUCUGCUGCGAAAGCCUUUUCGAACAUAUCAACAAGCUCGACACAUCCGGCGGCGACAAGGGUAGCAAAGGCGUGCCGACCGACUGGCAAGAGCAGCCCUCGGUGCUGAGCUGCGGGCACGUUUUCCACCAGGGAUGCGUAAGCGCCUGGCUUGCACAGUCCAACCGCAGUACAUGCCCCACAUGCCGGACAAAACAUUCGGGCAAUCCCAUUACUCUGUUUUUUGAAGUCGAUGCGCCCGGCGAAAUUGACGCCAACGGCGAACCAGAAGUCUCUAUUGCGCAGGUGCAGCACAGGAACAAAGUGAUAAGGACGCUCUGCGCUAACGUGGAAUCGGCGCAGUCGGAGACCAAAAAGAUCAAGGCACAGCUGGAGGCCGCGGAAGCCAAGUACUUGGAGGAGUGCCGGAUGCGCGGCAUGGAAGCUUCAAGCGGACGGUUGAUAAAGGACAAGGCAGCCUCGUACAAAAAGAUUGCAUCGGACUUUAAAACGUACAAUAUGCGGCUCGAAAAGACAGUUGCCGAACAGGCACGGCAGAUCGAGGUGCUGCAGAAUGAGCUUGCGACAACAAGGGCUGAGUUGCAGGACCAGAAACGCGUUGUGCUCAGUAUGGGUGACGUGCGCUCGACCAACGAGCAGCUUGUGCGGACGCUGAAAAGGGAGAAGUCCAGGAACGAGACGCUCGUGAGUAUAAAUGGGCAGCUAGCCAGCAAGGUUGCAGACCUUGAACUACAAAUAUCUAAAAACAGCGCAGGUGUCGGAAGGUCUGCGAGUGGCCAAUCGACCCAACAGGAUCACAGCAUGCGGGCAGAUGCGCCUGCCGAUGAGAAUGCCUCUUAUCAUGUGGUCGCCGACACGGACACCGAUUUGGAAGAGGACGCGGCGGCUGUCGGCAGCUCCGUUGCAGCGGCGUGGAAUCGGACCAGAGUCGCGAAGCCCCCGGCCAGGCUGACAUCCACAUUUGAGAUGCCGCUGGCGGCAUUUGGAACGACAAAGGAACCUGCCGGAAACCCGUUUGCUGCAUUGCCGUCGAAUGGAGUGAAGCCGAAGCAAGGCGAAUUUACCUUUUCAUUCCCGGUUGACAGCAUCAACCUGAACGGAAUUGGCGGUGAGAAUGCUAUUAACAACGGCCCAGGGCAGCCCAUUGGAAAAUCGCACACCACAGCCAUAUUUCAGUUGGCGCGGCCCUCCCGCUCGCUCGCUUAUCCGUUGGCAACAUCCAUGUCAGACGGGCUGGGCGGCUCCAGGCGCAGGGCUGGCAUGGACAAUGGCAAGCGGUCGACAACGUCCGUGCAAGCUAGGAUUAACUGGGGGCCCAAGAAGCAAUGA